CAUCGGCACUAACAGAUGAAAUAGAGUUCAAUGCAUCGGGAAGUUGCUUGUCGAGUAGUUGUCUCGAAAACGUUUCUACAACUAAAAAGUUUAAGAUGUAUCAGGUUAAACACAAACCUCUCGAAAAGAGUAACGUUUAUUUUGGAGACAUCCCUGGUUUGCAAGACAAAGGAGGCAUAACAAAGGAGGAUAUACUCUUCAUUUUGGAUGGUCAUGUGCCGAACAAUUACCAAAUCAUAAAUGGAAUUCAGGAAAAUUCAAAGGGUUUCGUUCUGCAUCCACAGAAUAGUGAUAAGAUACAUUGCGUCUGUUUUGUUUUUGAUUGUGAGUCUAUUACAAAAGGAUUAUCAGAGAAACAUCAAGAGACAACACGGAGUGUAAUGGCCGACGUUGAUGGAAAGGGUAUGAAAUUUAUUGUCAUAUUGACAAAAUGCGAUAAGGUCAGCGAACGUGUUAGGGAUGAUACAAGUCAGAUAUUUGAAGACAAAUGCGUACGAGAGUGCAAAGAUAAACUCAUGGCAAUGUUUUCUCUGAGAAGUCAAGCUAUGAUAUACCCAGUAGUUAACUACGUUGAUGCAGCUGAUGUGGAUCUCCAAGUUGAUUCUCUAAUCAUAGUGGCAUUCGAGCAAAUUCUGAAGUUUGGGAAAGACUUUUUGGAGACAGCUGAGGACAAAUGGUCCGAGAUUCCAGAUUCUGAAAGCAUGACAUCAGCCGUGACUGGAAAUGAUAAGAGGUCGCUACAGCUUUAUACAGUGCCCAUUUCCUGCUGGCCAGAUGUUAACCAAUCAAAAAUCAGAAUCAGAAACAUGCUUAACUAUUGCAAAAGCAUUGAAAAGAACGUGGGUUUAAAAUCUGAAGAAGAAGGUGCCAAUAUAGACAAUGUAGACAUCUAUAUUGACGCAGACGUUAUUGAAAUUGAGUCGCUGCUAUCAGGAAAUACUACUUUUGAGAAGAAAAAUGUACAAGUUUUGACUAUUUCUGAAGCAACAGGGAAAGAGCAUUUGACGAAUUUCAAAGGUGUUGUGAUUGAUUCUGGUGGUGUUAAAAUAAUCAGAUCUUUACUUGGAUCCAAUGCCACUGUAAACAAAACAGAUGACUAUUUGAAUGAUAGAGAUUGUGAUAAAACUUAUAAGGAAACUAUCAGAACGGAAACAAAAUAUAUAAUUGAAAGCGUCGUUUUUGAACCACUGAUACAAAAAUGCGAGUUUCUAGGUCGUGUUAUUGACACACUUAAUGCAGCAUCAAUCAACAAAGUAUCCCAGACAUCUCACGAUGGAGAAAGAGAUCAAAUGUCAAGAAACAAAAGCGCCAGACCAAAAGUCAGCGGGAAAUUAGAUUAUACGUAUCAAGAGGAGCAAGAGGACAUUGACAAGUAUUUUGAUGAAAAAACGCUUGAACAAUUCAAUCAGCAAAGAGAUGCUGUAGAGGAUUUAUAUGAAGAAAUGGUCGCUUCAAUUUCAAGAAGCCAUUUAGAAGAAUACGACCUAACACGGUUACAAGACAGCAGACAGAGCAGAUAUGAUAGUAAAGAGAUAUCACAAGAACUGUUUCAACGAGAGAAGUCCGUAAAAGGUUGUGGUUUCAGACUCAAAUCGUUUCAUGUCGAUAUAGAAGAAUUGCCUACCAAGGAAGAACAUAAUGAUCGAGAGCGACGAAUUAGGGAUUUUUUAUGUGCUCGUAACAUAAAUAACGUCAAAUUUAACUUUGUCUCUCCGAAACUGGCAAAAUACAGCUAUGUCGGUGCCAAAGUUGGUUUUAAAUGUGGAUCUAUUAUGCAAACUGGAACGCUUGGGUGUUUUGCGAAACAUUCUAGAUGUAAUAAAUCUGAUCUAUGUGCCUUGUUUUCAAAACAUGUGGCACAAGGCUGUUCUGAAAAAAUUUUGAUCAGAGAUGAAGAUCAACAGUUUACAACCUUUGGGACGCUUUUAUCAGAUACGUUCGUAGAUGGUGGACACGAUAUAGCUGCGGCUAAAGUAAAUAGCAAUCACCUUUCAAGCUGCGAUAUGGGAUUUAAAAAUGAUGAAGGCGAAAAAGCACCGGGAGAAUUGUACAAUAUAGGCGACACCACAAACCUACAGGGUCAUCCUAUUCAUUUAUGGGGAGCAAAGUCUAAACCAGGCAUAGGCAAAAUAACUGUCCAGCACUAUCAUUUUGCCCAAGACACAGACACUUUUAUCGAAGUACAAGACGGAUGUAUAGCCUUAGGCAAGGCUGAUGCUGUUCUUGCAGAACGGGGUGACAGUGGUGCGAUUGUAUGUAUGAACGAAUCAAAUGGAGAGAAAGUAAAAAUAAUAUCUAUGUUGAUUGGUUCGACAAAUGAGACCGUUUCACAAGAGGAUCCUAAAGUAAAAAGGAAAUAUCUCACACUUCCUCUGUCCAGCGGAUUGCAGACUCUGGAAAAUCGAACACACGGGAAGUUUCAGUUAGAAGGAGCCGAAUCUUCGGGAACUAACUGUCAACCUGCACAGAACUAAGCUGCUUUAUACGGGGUUGAUGAUGCAUAAGAAGUACAGGAACUAAAACAUGGAAGAUUAAAGAAUGAACAGUGAAGAUAACAUUUUUGACAUUUUCAUAUUUCGACAUGAAAAAUACAGCCAGUCAUCAACCAGCACUAUAUCCUACUACCGCUUUAUUGUUUGCCUAAACAAUCUUGUCUAUUUCUGAUUUCAUUUGAAGUAUUCAUCUGUUAUAUGUACGUUUGUAUUCCCACGGAGAUUUGGUAGUCAUCUAAUAGAUAUUAUGACCUUUAUGAGAUGUUAAACAAACUUAAAUAUGAAAAUGUACUGACAGUUAUUUUUUACAAUCUGUCCUGUAUCCAAAGUACAUGAGUGAUAUUUCGAGAUAAUGAUUCAUCUGUCGUCUCUCUGUCAGUUCCUUUGAAAUGUUCCUUCAUUUAUUUUUACUAUAUUUUUCUGAAGAAAGCCUUCUGAGUAGUGUUUGAAAUUAUAUACAUAUCGCUUUAAGAAUCAUGCGGGCAUAGCAAAGGGGGUCCUUAGCCUUACUGAUUAUUCAGUAGGUUUUGACAUUCUCAAUAAAAUAUAUGGAACUAUAAAUAUAUGAAAUAUGAUACCUUUUUGCUAUUUUGUUUUUUGGUUAUAGAAUUUGUAGAUUAUAGUAACCUUCUAAAUACUCAUUUUCAUAAUCAAAGAUAUUUAUUCUUAUUCCUUCCAAGCCAUGCUGACACUCAACAACCAUAAUGACUUUUUAACUGACAAAUUAAAUUUAAAAGUCAUUUUUUUUUUGGAGAAUGCUGUCCUUUUGAUUUCCUUAUUUAUGCCUAUUUGAAGUCUAUUAAAUAAUGCAACGAAAUUUCAAAAUCAUCAAAUACAAUAGUGUUUCGAGGCGAUAUAUUGCUCUAUAACAUAUAUAUCAACAUAUUAGUGUAUAAAAUCAUCAGUUCAGCAUAUAUAUUUGUAUUGAAAUUUCAUUUUUCUUAUGUCUUUUAGUAAACCAUUCCUUGACUGUAGGUUUAUCUGUAAAACUUUCAUGUCUGAAUACCUUUUUAAUUGUUGUUGACCACUUUAAAGGAAAUAACAUGUGUGUGUUAUUAAACCACUAAAAUUUCUAUUUCGUUGAAAUUGUCUAGGUGGUGUGUUCUCUAAUAUGUUAACAUGGGAAAAAUAAUAAUUUCGACAAAUUUCUGGGCAAAAAACUUCGAUGUAAUUGAAGUUAUUUAACGAAAUACUUUGAAGCAUAGAACGCAACCAUACAAAAAAUACCAGUCAGAUUGAGUCUGUUCCUAAGUCCAAAGUGUUAUGGGUAUAUACAGUUGUUUUUUAUUUUACAUCUUAUUGCUCCAUAGCUGUCAAUAAAUUAAAAUAAUGUAUUUUAACGAAGUCACGUACAAUAUUCUUGUUGUCAUUUUAACAAUAAAGUUUAAUAAAAC